AUGGACUUCUCGCAGCAUUACUACAGCGGCGCCCAGCCCUACCAGUUCCUGGGGAUUCCCCCGCCCACCCCAUCACACUCGCACUCGGCACCCUCGGAAGAGUUCAACCAGCAGUCUCCGACGGAUGUCUACGACCACUUCCAGAACUUUGACAACUAUGCCCAGUUCAAUCAGAAUCACAGCCAGAGCCAGGGGCAGCCCCAUGGCUUCCACGACCGCCAGAACCCCCCGACCCCGCCUACCGGACCGGUACGGCCCAUCCAGAAUCUCAAGAACCAACAGGCCGAUAUUCUCCCCUUGACCAAGGCCGAUCCUGAGCAGGGCGCCCGGCAAGGCUCGGCUUCCGACGAUGAUGAUAUGACGCCAGCCCAGUCUCGCAGGAAAGCCCAAAACCGUGCAGCUCAGCGCGCCUUUCGAGAACGGAAGGAACGCCAUGUCAAGGAGCUAGAGGCCAAGGUUGCUUCACUGGAGGCGGCACAGCAGCAGACAAGCACCGAGAACCAGAAACUGAAGCGCGAUCUCCAGAAGAUGAGCACCGAGAACGAGAUUCUUCGAGCCACAUCUACUAUGAGUCAGAAUGGCUCGGCGUCGCCCGCCAGCAACCCACCCACGACGACAGGUCCUAUGCGUUUCAACCCGACCGACUUCUACUCGGAUCUGCUGGCGAAUCAUACCAACAAGACCCCCAGCCACCGUGUUGUCGAGUCCGAGGGCGGAGAGAAACUCUACGCGGCGGGGGCCACUUGGGAUUUGAUCAUCAACCACGACCUGUUCAAGAAAGGGCUCGUGGACGUGGGAGACGUCAGCGAGCGCCUGAAGUCAAAAGCCAGAUGCGACGGGCAAGGGCCCGUGUUUGAGGAGUCGGCAAUCUUCCAGGCCAUCGAGGAAAGCGUGGCGAGUGGAAGUGACGAGCUGCUGUGA